UAUGCUGACGUUUCUGGGAGACUGAGCUCUUCUCUUCCCACCCUUUUCUAUCCGGAUAGGGAGAUAAAGCAACAAAGAAAAUAGUUAGAAGGUCCGACUCUGAGUCUGAGGGAGACAGAGAGUGAAAAGAAAUGGGUGUUCUUCACUGCAUCUCUUCUUGCGUGGUUCUUCCUUGCAAGCCCAGAAAAUUUUCCAUCACUACUUCUUCUCUUAUCCAGGCAAAUCCAGCACCUUUCAGGUCCCUCAGCUUCUCCACAAAUCUCUCAAAGAAUGCCUUCUGUAAAGGGAGUUUUACAGUGAAGCCUAUCGAGAGGCAAACCCGUAGGUCUGUUGUUUGCGAAGCAUCUCCGAAGAAAAAAGCUGAUUCCGCUGCGAAGAGAGCUCGCCAAGCUGAGAAAAGGCGCAUCUAUAACAAAGCACGGAAAUCCGAGGUUAAGACUCGGAUGAAGAAGGUUUUGGAAGCACUAGAUGUGCUUAGGAAGAAAGCUGAUGCUCAAACUGAGGAAAUUCUUCCAAUUGAAAAGUUGAUAGCUGAAGCUUACUCAGUCAUUGAUAAGGCAGUCAAGGUGGGAACACUGCACAGAAACACUGGAGCCCGCAGGAAAUCUCGGCUUGCCAGAAGAAAGAAGGCUGUGGAGAUCCACCAUGGGUGGUAUACCCCUCCUGCUGUAACUGCCUAACCAAACCUGGCGAUUGGUAUCUUGCCAGGUGAGAGUAGCAUGGUUAAAAGAAAGCAAUUGUUUCUUUUUUCCUUUUAUGCUGAGGAGACACCUAUUUCAUUUUUGUUAGUGCACUGUAUCUCUUUAUUCCAUUCAGAAAAUGAUAUAUUGUUUCUUUUGUCUCUUAAUUAUUA